AUGCCGAAACCACAAUAUAAGCAACAAUUUCGGGAUUCUUGGCUUCAAGACCCACAUUUAAAAGAUUGGCUACAAGCUAUUGAAAGUACCACGGGUCGAGUAGCAAAAUGUAAAUUUUGUGGUACAACUUUAAGGAGUCACUACGGAGACUUAAAGACUCAUGGGAUGUCAAAGAAGCAUCUACAAAAUAAGAAGCUUAUAAUUACUCAGCCCAAAAUCCCAUUCAAGACAGAGCCCAUUGAAAGUAAAAAAAAGGAUGAAGCCAGACUCGCACUAUUCACCACCAUGCAUACUAGCAUACGUGUCAUAGACCAUUUAGGAGAGAAGACGCUAAAACGAUUCGAUCUCCGAUUGGAAAAUUUAAUGGGACUUGGUACAGAUAACGCUUCUGUGAUGGUUGGAGUAAAUAAUGGAGUCUAUAUCAAAUUGAAGGAAGAGAUACCACAUCUGAUUUUGGUGCGUUGCUUGUGUCAUUCCUUGCAAUUGGCUGUUUCUGCUGCAGCAAAAGAAUUUUUGCCGAGAAAUUUGGAAUUUAUAAUUAGAGAGACAUAUGAUUGGUUUAGCCGCUCGACAUCCAGACAGUUGCUGUAUAAAGAAUUAUACAAAACCAUUAACGACGGUCAGAAACCGUUAAAAAUUGUUCAAGCAUGCCAAACGAGGUGGUUGUCAAUUGAAUCUGCUGUAUCAAGAGUAUACACGCAAUGGCUCGAGUUAAAAACUCAUUUUGCAAUAGCUAAGGUGCACGAAAGAUGUCACACGGCCAAGUUAUUGCACUCUUUAUAUGCGAAUGAGAUGAACUACGCAUAUAUUUCUUUUUUAUAUCCAAUAUUAAUUGAGAUAAACAGAGUUAAUAAAAUGUUCGAGUCAAAAGAUACGGACCAUAUCAAAUUGUAUGAAAAGUUAACUAACCUGAUAGAUAUGCUUGUCUGCAAGGUAACAUUACCUACAAAUAAAGUUAAUAUUUUUAAUCAAAAUAUUCGUGGUUUUUUGGAUCAAAAAUGUUAUCUUGGAUUCAGAUUUGAAAAACAAAUAAUUGAAAUGAGAGAAAAAGGGUUACCAAGGGAAGACGAAGAAAUGAUGCGGCAUCGGUGCAUAACAUUUAUAGUCAGUCUAAUUGAAGAAAUAAAGAAUAGGUUACCAGAAAAUUUGACACUAAUGAAAAACAUUUCCCGAAUAAGUGUUGAACAAGCACUUAAUCACAAUAAAGAAGCACUAAUUGACAUAAUGGCUCAGUUCAAUAAAAGUGCAGAACAUAUAGCGAGAGUCGAUGAUCAGUGGCAUCAAAUUCAUUUAUUAAAAUGGAAUGAAACUAGAAACACAAGAAAGUUUUGGAUGGAAGUAUUGCAAUUCAAAGACACUCAAGGAGAACCGAGGUUUAAGGAAUUGGCGACUUUUGCGAUUACUCUCCUAAUACUACCUCAUUCUAAUGCCGAUGUUGAGAGACUAUUUAGCAGCAUGAAUGUAAUAAAGAACAAGGAGAGAAAUAGAAUGAAGUUAAAUCUUUUAUCUGCUAUUUUGAGAAUACGUUGUUGUUUGAGGUUGGAAGAAAAAUGCUGCAAUGAUUAUAAAAUUCCAGAAGCCGUUGUCAAACAAAUCGGUACCAAAGAAUCAUAUCAAUCUGAAAUGGAAGAUUAUGGUGCAAGCAAAAAUGAUUCGUCUGAAGAAGACGAAUUAAUUUAG